CUUUCUGUCCCCUCUCCCGCGCCGUACGGCCGGGCGCGCCGUCUCCAUCCGCUGGCAACUUUGUGGCGCGGGGCGCGGGCGGCGCCGCGGCUCUGCCCUCACCGGGGGGCGAGGGGCGACGGGCGACCCCCCGGGGCCCCGGCGGGCACAGCCACCCGCCCGCCAUGGCCGGCAUCGGCAUCGACCACUCCAAGCUGCCCGGAGUCAAAGAAGUGUGUCGAGACUUUGCUGUUCUGGAAGAUCAUACCUUGGCCCAUAACUUACAGGAGCAAGAAAUUGAGCAUCACUUGGCAACAAACGUUCAGCGUAAUCGUCUCGUGCAACAUGACUUGCAGGUGGCCAAGCAACUGCAAGAAGAGGAGGAUCUGAAAGCACGUGCUCAAAUCCAGAAACACCGAAAAGACUUAGAACGACAGGACUGCGAGAUUGCUCAGGAAAUCCAAGUGAAGCUGGUAUUUGAAGCAGAGCAGCGCCGCAGGCAAGAGGAAAAAGACGAGGACAUUGCCCGCCUCCUACAACAGAAGGAACUGCAGGAGGAAAAAAAGCGCAAGAAGCACCACCCAGAAUCCCAGGGACACACAGGCUAUGAACACAGCUAUUAUGCAGAAGAUGGAGAGCACCCCUGGGGUGACCACAGAGAGCGGGUUUCUGAGCCUCGCAUGGCACGCAGUGGUGACCGGCGCAUGCGCCAGCAGAGAGAGCACCGAGAAGCGCCCUUGCCUUUGUCCAGUGGUGCCUCUAAACACAGGCAUUCCACCUUGGGGGAUCAUUGGACAUCUCCUCAACUGAGUGAAGCCAGCAAUGGCCAUUGGCAGGAGUGGAAAUCGGCCAACCAGGGAAGAUCCAGGCGACACCCCAGCCUCGACUUGGAAAGAGAGGCUGAGCACGGCACCUACGGCCACAGCGAUAGCUGGGAGCUGCGGGAAAGGAGAGCAGCUGGCAGGGAGAAGGCUUGGAGACCUCCCAGUCUUGACCUGGAGUCAGAGCAUGGACUCACAGACCAGGUGCAGUGCAGCCGAAAGUCAACAAGACAAAACAGAGAAAAGCACCUUCCUCUUUUUGAGAUGGAACUGGAGGCUGAGCAGGAGACCUGGAAUCGGGGCAGCAGUCAGCCGGUGCACCCUGAAAAACACAAAUCUCGUCAUCAGGGCUGCUUGUCACACAGGAGGAUGCAUGACGAGAAGCUCCAUGAUGCUGAAUCUAGAGACGAUCAUAGGAAGGGUGAGAGGAGAGACUGCAAAAGGGCAGGACACAGGAGACGUUCUCCCUCCCCACACACUAUGAACCAGGGGAAGGUUGGAGACUGCCAGCGAGAUUCAGGCACUAAGUCGAGGGGGACAAAGCAAGCCAUGUAUGAUACACCCCGAAGGGAACAGGAGUUGUCUGAUGAAGAGAUUGCUAGGAAGCUGCAGGAGGAAGAGCUCCUGGCUAAUGAGGCAGAUCAGAAGGCAGCUCAAGUAGCCCAAGAUGAGGAAAUUGCUCGACUCUUGAUGGCCGAAGAGAAAAAGGCUUUCAAGAAAGGGAAGGAGAGAGAAAAGUCUUCCUUUGAAAAGAGGAGGCAUGAACAAGACUGGAAGCAUGAUGCAAGCGAGUCCACGCGCUCAAGGUCAAAAGAAGGGCCUGAAACUCAGCGACACAAAGGUGACAGGUCUUCAAGGUCACAGCCUCUCCUUGAUGACUUUGAGCACGCUCGCUAUUACACAAGCCAGCCCAGCCCCUUGCGCCAGAUCCCCAAACCUGAGCACUCUCCUAAAGGUUCCCGUAGGAAGUAGUAAACUCUGCUAGCCUUUGCUUUGGUACUGACUGUUCUGUAGCAAACAUUACUGGAAUUGCCAGCCAAGUUUCUCAAUUCCUCACCCAACGGGAGGUGCAGCCUCCAUACCCAGGAUCUCCUCUUUAAGUGUCAUCAUAUUAAUAAGGAACACUUGUUUGUUUCAAUUUCUUACUCAUAUGUGAACAUCUAAGAAGUGCAGUAUAAUCUAGCCGCAACUGAGCCGUGUAAAUUAACUAGCUGACUUCGCAGCUCACUCUUAUAUUCUUUUGAGGCUUUCCUUUUAUUUUUACUUUUAUUUUUAAGCUUUGGCUGGAGUUUUGACAAAUAGGACAAAGAGAAAUGCAUAUUAUGUACAACAGGGAGGAAAAUCCAAGAUAUGAGCUGGAUUAUGGCAAUGCAGCAGAACAUCAGAAGUACAAAUCCUUUCCAUAUUAGGAUGACCUAGCAAAGUGAGUUAUAAGAGGAAACCUGUUUCUUCCUGUGCUGGGUAAGACAGCUGAGCCAACCUGACAGUCAUACCAUCUUGCAGGAAGGAGAGAGGAUCUUCAUAAUAUAUGCUAGCAAAAGCCAGAACCUGGGACUGGUGAGGGAGAAAUUGCCUGCAGAACAAAAUUUCUUAACUGCUGUAUUUGUUUCUAGAGUUUCCAGCAACGUGGGUAGAGUGUGUAACCAGGCAUUUAGCUCCAGGAUACAAGAUAGAACAGUUACGAGGAAAUACAAUUUCACCUGAAAUUAGAUCUUGUGUGUGUGACUUUUAAGACACGCCAGGGAGCUGAUGAAGCUGUGAACUGUGAAUUGGGAAGAAUCAUACGAACAGGUUUAAAUGCCUGAAGGGACCUCUGUGGUCACCUACCUUGAACUCUGGUGUGGUAGGAGCCAAGGAAUUUCACUGAAGCCAGGUAGGAACUACUGUAACUCCUGGCUCAGUUACUGAUGCACUUGAGUACAGUAACUUGUGCCUGAACCUGCAUAUGUCUUGAAAACAUGGGACUGAAGAAGGGCCAUAUGGGCAUUGAGCGCUGAAUGCAAAAAUCUACUGUUACAGGCAACUUUGAGCUAGACAUAGAGUGCCAAACAGUCCACACCGGUGUCUGUGCUAACUGCCUCCCCUCUACACUGCUCUGUGCAGCACCCAGGCAGACUCCAGUCAGGGUAAAACUUGCUCUCUAGGGCAUAGUAGGGUCUGCAAGUUUAAGUUGUCUGUAUAGAUUUGCCCAUGCAGUGAUUUCUCCCCCAUGCUCCCCCUGCCUUUUAAUGGCUUGUUUUCCCUCCAGUCUUUGAAAAUAAUUCUUCUCUUGCACAAACAAGUAGCUUUUACCCUUGGCCCCUGCUCAUUUAAAUUCUUUUGUCUUUUUAAUAAUUUUUGUCAUCACUUUUUCAAGUGCAUUUUUAAACAACAAAGCUGAGCAUCCGGACACUGGCUUGGAGUCUGUUCAGACAGUACAGUCUAGUUAUUUAUUUGCCAGUGCAGUUUACAGCAGCAAGCCUGGCUGUGUUGCCCCUGCAGCCCAGCUUCCUUAUUGCCUGAGACUGAGUCAGUCCCACCAUGCUUUGUCUUCUGCUGGCAGCUGCAAUUCUGCUGCUUUGCUGAGGAGGGGAGGCAGAGCCAUGACUGUACUUGCCCUCGCCACCAAUCUGCCUGGGAAAGGAGCCUGACAGCUCUGUAGAGCCUUGUGGAGAGCAUGUGCUGGUGUGGAGCACCAACAGGAGAUCAGAAGAGAUCAUGGCGCUCUGCUCUUGCACUAAUCCAUAAUUCAAGCGCCAAGGGAGCUGUAAGGCUUUAAGCUUAGCUGCUGUCCUUGGUCAGGAUAGUUACAGAAACAAAUCACAAGGCAGACAAGGCAUCUCCUUCUUCACCUAAGUUACGAGGGCAUGUUUCAUACCACAGCACGAGCCCAUGCCUUGCCUUGACCAACAACUCAAGAAACUUCCAUCUCCUACCCCCACUGGGAUGUUGGCAGGAGUUCACUACCUGUGAAGAACCCAUUAACCACCAGUAGACCCCUGCUCCAGGCAUACACCAGCCAAAAAUGUAAUGUAGGACUUUGCGCAUUGGCAGCAUCCCAUUAGCUGCGAACCCUUGCUUCCAGACUGUGAGCUUGCACACCUGCAUGAACCCUUAAGUGACUUGCAAGCUGUUGGUUGCUUGCUACUGCUUCUCAGGAAAUAUCCCAGCCAGCGGCUAGAUUUUACUGUCCUUGCCUUGUUCCCUCUUCUAGUUCCAUCUCUGUCCAUUCAGAAGUGUUACUGUUGUUUCAAAGGAUACGGGGAAAAAACCCAACAUAGCCCGUGGUGGUUUUUUUUAUUUGAUAACUUGGGCCAAUGUGGCAACCUCAUCUGCAAUGAUUUUGUUGGAAAAAUUUGUUUUAGUAUUUCAUGUAACAGUCAAAACUUCUACUGCUGAAAGUGCCAUUUUUUUUUCCUGUGGGUUUUCCCCCUGUUGCCAUCAGAGUAUUUAUUCUGAAAUGGAUGCCUGAUGGGGUUUUAUGAACUAAUACUUUGUCAAACACCCCAGUCUAGGCCCUGCUGCUUGUAUCAUGUAGUGCACUUGUGAAAACUGGAUGGGGAAAGAUCCUGCCAAAUCAGAAAGUGGUUGUGCUUUGUACUGCGUGCAUGGGAAAAAGUGGUGACCUGCUGCAGAAGGCAAGGAAGAAUCACCAUCUAGGAAUUCAGCCCUGCCUUGGCCUCUGUAGCUGGCUGUGAUGGGCUUUCGUGCACUACAGUCAGCUGAUGUAAAUUCUGUCUUACUCUGAUCAGAAAAGUUAUGAAGGUCCUGAGCCUGCUGACAUUUGAAGAACCUAUUAACUCAGGAGGGAUGCUUGGGAGUAUCCAAGUUGUUGGCCUCAGUGGGAGUGAGCAGAAAUGAUAUGAGAGAAAACUCCAGUUGAUUUUAUUUGGAAGCUGGGUAAAGUCUGAAGAACACCUCGGUGCCUACUCUGUGGAGUUUCAGGAUCUCCUUCAUGGCCUCCUUGGGCCAGCCAAGCUCUCCAGCCAUGGCACCAAGAGGCAAGAGCCUAAGGGAAGGAUCCCAGGAGCAUCUGCUGCUUCCUUGGAUGUCUUCAAGGAGUGCUAAAUGCUUUAUGGGCUCCUUUGCUCUAUAUCCAUGCAUAGUCCUUACCUUUUAAUUCUUACUCCCUACCUUUAUUCAUUUGCUGUCCCUUGUAAUGUUUCUCCUGUUUUAUUUUUCCACAGCCUUUGUGAAAAGGGGGUCCUGAAGUUUUGUUAGAAGGGGCUGACACCUAUUGAGAGAAGCAGAAGUGCUAGGAAUGGUAGCUGAGGAAAGCAUGUAAAUGGGGUACAAACAGGGCAAUUGUUCAUCUAAUAUACCUUGUGGGCCUCAUGCAGUCAGCAGGUUAGACACUUCUUGAGGCAAAGGUUGCAGCUGGACUUGUGUGUUUAGUAACUAGUUUUGGAAGGAGAUUCCGUGGUCCCAUUGAAGACAAGAGUUGAAUUAAAAUCAUGGAUGAACAAAGAGCCAAUUCAUCUUGAGGCUCAGCAGCCACAGUUCUGAGAGUCAAGAAGAUGCAGCUUGUGUAGGCGAGAUGCAAAAGCAGCACCUUGCACAUGUGUCCCUGGAAAGAGGCACAGUGAAGUUGAUAUUUUUAAAAAGAAACACUCAGAGCAAUAUUUCCUUUCUAUGACAGAAAAAUGUUUAACUUUAUUUUUCCCUUGUCUUCUCUUGCCGAGUUUCAGUAGCUUUGCCUAUGGUAUUGCUCUGGCUUUAAUAGCAUGUUGGAGCCCUUGUUGGGACCCCUGCCCAGGUCAUUCAGGUCUUGCAACCCUUUCUGAUUCUGUGCAUUAACAAGGCAACAGGCACCACAUGGAAAAUUCAUCACCGUGAAAUCCUGGCACUUUCUAAUACUCCAUAGUAGGCACAUCUCACCAGCAAGAGCUCUCGCCACCUCCUCGCCUCUGUCCGAAGCACAAUGGUCUGCAAAAGAGAGGUCGGGCAAACCCGAGCGAUCGUGCCUUACGUGCAGGGAUACUCAAUGUCUUCAGCAGGCUGAUCUGAGUCACCUUGCUAUGAAACACUGUCUUAAUGUGGACUGUACAGCUUCCUGCAGCAAGAAGUGGUUGUCGUCAUGUGGAUAGAUCCAACAGGUUAAUCUCAUCUUUUUUUAAAGAACUUAAUGGUUUUGGAUUUAGUGGGGGUGGGAAAAUAUCAGCUGUUCGGGGAUAGAUGAAGUCUCAUCAUUGAAUUUCUCCUCUUGGGGAAGAAGGACAAAAGUUACAAAUGCUGCAGCCUGCUUCAUUCUGUAAAAGGGAUCCUGUAUGUACAGUAUUUUUAUAUCUCUGCAUUCCCACCUUUCAGGAUUUGAAUCAGGAUUAAUAACAUUCUCCUACUUAGGGAAAAAAAAGCAUUUUUAUUUUUACAGUGCUAGACCUUUGUGCAUUUUUAUUUUGUGCCAAAUUACAGUCACUGUUACAUUCUAGUGUUCCAAUUCAGUUUAUUGCUGUUGAUCAAUGUGUAUAUUAUAUAUUUUUAUUAUCAAGGUUUUAAUUUUAAUUCAUAUUAACCUGUAUGCAAACUAACUGUGGAUUGCUAAUUUAUAUAUAAAGGGGAGCACCUGGAGGCAGUGUGAGGAUUCCCCUACUUAGUUUACACUCUUGUAAUCUAGUGCAGCCAGUCCAUGAAACUCAUCACUUCUUCCACAGAAUGGUCUCCUGGGUGUUUCUCACCCUGAGCAGAUUGCUGCUGCUGUUCCUCCAGGCAGCGCUGACGCUGCGAGGCAGUGUGAGAUGCAGUAGGAAAACGAAGCACAGCUCAGAGCGUGGACUGAUGGGUGACUGAGCUCUCUGCUGUCCUGUUCCUGGCAGUGAUGCCAGGGAGAAUGCUGCAGCAGGAAUCCCCGUCUGAGGGUUACUCUGCCCUAUAUCCAUGCUCAGCUGAUGGACAGUUUUGGUUUUGCCCCACUCUCUCAAGAUGCAAAAUACUUAAUUUUGCAGUUGCUUUGGGAGGUGGGUGUGGAAUAUAGUGCUGAGGCAUAGCAGUGCCCCUUGCAUGAAGUAUUCCACAGGCAAGUGUUUGGUUUUUGGUUUGUUUGGUUUUUUGUGUUCGUUUUUGUUUUCUUUUCAGUUCACUAUACUCUUUAAAAUACACGCUGUAGCACAUUUCUGGCUGUGCAGCGCUGCUAUGGAGGCUCUGGCUGUGCUGCACACAAGUGCCGCUUGGACCGCUAUGCCCAGGACAGGCUCCAGGACACAACUUCUCUGUUGAGAAGCUGCACUGCCCUCAGCUUCUGGGCUUGGAGAUACCAGCAGCCACCUCCUCUCCAUGAGUAGCACGUCGCAAGGCUUAGCUGCGCAGUUUGUGCUCUUCCAGGAGAGUGCAAGAGAGGACAGUGGCACACACAGAUGAGUAUUUUCUACUUCAUGGUAAGCAAGUUCCACUGUAUCAGUGUUCACUCUAAGUAGACUCCACGGUGUGUCUCCAGCUGCAUCUGUGCACUGCAGUACAGUUAGCUGCCUCAGAGAAGUAACUACAGUUGUCUCAUUUAAUUCUUCAGGAUAAACUUUCAGCCUGUUGAAUCUAAAUAUUGGCCAUGCGAUGAGAUGGAUUAGUCAGAAGGUUUAAAUUCUUCAGAGCUGCAAGUGUACCCUGCAUUGCAACAGCUAAUCCUUAAAUAUAAAUUGCGCACUGACAAUAAUCUGUCUAUGCAAGCCUAGGGUUUUUUCUUGACUGUUCGCUCUAUAAUUUUAUCAGGUUUGGCAUAGAACUUCUGAAUGACAUUUAACCAAAGCAUCGUGUCCCUGUGUGUGUAGCAUGUUUUGCUUCAUCCUCCUGAAUUCUCAUUGAAUGUAAAGGGAACAUUGCCUUGCCCUAUUUUGUUCAAUAAACCGUUGUAUUUUGUUAUCCACCA